GCCAGUGUUAUGCUCAGAGAGAACUGUGUUCAUACGACAAGUUCAUAGGAACAUGAUUUUGUUGUUUUUUUUGCAGUGAACAUGAGCAUCUUUCUGGAAAGAAAGAUGAAGGAUGCGCCCUGUUGAGAAGUAACUCGGUUAUUUUUGUGUGAAUUUGGAUGCUAUUAUUUUGUUUUGAGAUUUCUGAAACCUGUUAAAAAGAAGACCUUCGAAAUACUUGGGAAAGAAAUGGAUUUGCAAAUGCUGGUUGCAAAUCGACUGAUCGUGUUUGGAAAUUUGGUUAAAGAUAACGACAAAAUUCAGUUUUAAAUCAUAAAUCAACAAGACACUGAAGCAAGGAUACUUUUUACGUCAAGCUUCACUUGUGGUAGGCUUUAUUUUAAUAUAACCUGAACAUGUGGCUGUAAAAAUGGGAGACUGGAACUUGUUAGGAAGCAUCUUGGAGGAGGUGCACAUUCACUCCACCAUCGUGGGCAAAAUCUGGCUCACCAUCCUGUUCAUAUUCCGGAUGCUCGUGCUCGGUGUGGCGGCAGAGGACGUUUGGGUGGACGAGCAAAGCGAUUUCAUUUGCAACACGGAGCAGCCAGGCUGCAAGAACGUCUGCUAUGACCAGGCAUUUCCGAUCUCACUCAUCCGCUUCUGGGUGCUGCAGAUCAUCUUUGUCUCAUCUCCUUCGCUGGUGUACAUGGGGCAUGCAUUGUACCAUCUCCGAGCUCUGGAUAAAGAGAGGCACAAGAAGAAACUUCAACUGCGAGCUGAGCUGGAAGAGACAGAGUUCUUACUAGAGGAGCACAAGCGUCUGGAGCGAGAGAUUCGCAAGCUGGAGGAGCAUAAAAAAAUCAGAAAGGCUCCUCUGAGAGGUUCUUUACUCUGCACAUACAUCAUCCAUAUCCUUACCAGAUCUGUGCUGGAGGUUGGCUUCAUUGUGGGCCAGUAUAUCUUAUAUGGAAUAGGGCUGGAUCCUUUGUUCAAGUGCGACAGGCUGCCUUGCCCAAACACUGUGGACUGUUACGUGUCCAGACCAACUGAGAAGACCAUCUUUAUGGUGUUUAUGAUGGUCAUUUCUGGGGUUUCUCUGUUCCUGAACUUCCUCGAGAUAUCUCAUUUAGGGACAAAGAAAAUCAAACAGGCUUUAUCUGGCUUGCACUUCGCAGAGGAUGACAGUCUUUACAAAGCAAAGCAGGCAGCAAUGGCGGAAUUAGCAAUGAGGAAAACUGCAAAAAUCAGCAUUCAUUCUGGCCCGAUGAAUCCUCUGUAUUUAUCCAAUAUGGGUACAAAUACCAUAAUAGCCGAGCAGAGACAUAGCAUCUUUACAGGUACGACUCUUCCCGUGUCUUGCAUAAUCCAGGCAUGCCAGGAAAGCCAAGGAUUGAUCCACAAUGGACGCCUUCAAAGUCUUACAGAGCAACAUCAUGCUGAGGAUGAUCCAAAUGAUGACUUGCCUCCAGACAGCAGCACUGGUUCAUGCAAAGACAGCAGACUUUCAAACUCUGGCCAACAAACUCUUGAAGGUCAGCUCACUCAAAGGCCAAGCCAUAGCGAGAUACCAGGCAUUCGGAACAUUAUGCUCCGACCAAGCCAUAUACCAGAACCAACUGAGGGUGACGCAGAAUCCUCAGAUAGUGACUUCUACCCUGCCCCCCGAAAAGCCAGCUUCAUGGCACGGAUGCCUUCAGACAGCGCCUCGGCCAGCCCGUCCUGCCCCAGCACAAGGAGCUCUGAGUCUGAACUCGGCUCACUUAAUGACCUACCCAUGAACACACCGCAAGGAGGAAGGAGGAUGUCAAUGGCAAGUAGAGCCAAAAGACACACGGCCUCUGACCUGCUGGUUUAGAGACUCAGUAAUUCAGUCUUCUAGUGUAUUCCUGGAUAUUUCUUCUCUCAUGAAAAAGUAAAAAUUUACAAAAGAUCCAGGGGACUACAGGACACGCUGCUGGGGCAUCAACCCAAUAUGACUCUAUCUUUUUUUCUGAUAAAAUUGGUUCCAAAAGGAGAAAGUCUUCAAAGGAAUAUGCUGAAAAAGAGAAUGGUGAAAUAGCUUUGAAUAUUAUCUAUGGCUGAAGAUGGAAGAAUGUGUGAACACCAGAAAGCUCUUUACAAUGCUCUGUACAGUUCUUGCAAUUCGGAACAAAAUAAAUUAGUUUAGUGUGUAUGUACUUUAUAAAUAUUAUUUUGUUUUACUGCUCAUUAAAAAGAAAAAUAAACUUGUUUCUUCACCUUGACACAAACAAAUCUGGAAAUAAUAUUAAGAAUAACAUAAGUAGAAUUAAACAUAAUGAAACACUUGAAAAUUAAUUUAGAUAUGACAUGAAUUAAUGAAUGCACAGUGUAUGAGUGUGUGUGCCAUAUUGAUUACACAA